UGCUUAUUGAAAAGUUUUCUAUAUCCACCUUUAAAUGAAAAUGCCCAAAGCAAACAAGCAAACAGUAAUCCAAUCUUUUGCACCUGAAGAUAUAGUUUUAAAGUAAGGCCGAUGCCACCUUAAGCUGACUCCACCUUCAAUCGUCUAAGCUGUAUAAGGAAUCUGUUUCUCCCUCCUUACUGAAAGUCUUGGACAGGACUUUCAGCCUCAGAGAUCUAAUAUCGCCUUCAUCUCGGGCCUGCGGACACAGAAGGCCUUCUAUCCCAUAGAUCCCUUGGAGACUAUUUCAGUUGCUUUUAUCUUCGUCUCCAGCUCCUACAAUGUACUCCGCCGGCUUGGAGAUUCUUGGGAUGAUCCUGACUGUGGCUGGCUGGCUGGGGGUGAUGGUGGCCUGCGGUCUGCCCAUGUGGAGGGUGGCAGCUUUUAUCGGACAGAAUAUUGUCAUCUCCCAGGUGAUCUGGGAGGGAUUAUGGAUGAACUGUUCGGUGCAGAGCACGGGCCAGAUGCACUGCAGGGUGCAUGAAUCCAUGCUGGGGCUUCCAGGGGACCUGCAGGCGGCUCGAGCCUUGGUCAUAAUCUCCAUGGUUCUGUCCAUUGUGGGAAUCGGCCUGUCAGUGGCUGGUGCCAAGUGCACCAACUGUAGCCGGGAUGUGGGCAGCAAACCCCGCCUUGUGGUAGCUGCUGGAGGGACUUUCAUCGUUGCCGGACUACUGAUGCUGGUGGCUGUUUCAUGGACGGCCCACGCCAUUGUGGUGGGCUUUUACAACCCGCUGUUGGAGGAGACAGGGAAGAGGGAAUUUGGGAAUGCUCUAU